AUGGCCUCGGAGCUGCGGUCCCCGGUCUCAGUGACCGAACCUACUCCUCCUUCGCCUACGUCACGCCGGAAUCAAUCGAAAUCGAGAUCGAGAUCUCGACCAGCGCGACGUCGGAGGGAGUCGUCCCCCACACCUUCCUCCCCGCCGGGUCUUCCAACACCCGCAUUCUCGCCGGAGGGCCAAAGCGAAGACGAAGAAAUCGUUGAAGAAAACACACUUUUCCCACUCGACCCCCGCAGAAUUACACCUACCCUCCAUGCAUCCUUGGUGUCUGAAAUUCUCUCCCUCCGGCGAGAGGUUGAGAGUAAAACCAAGGCCAUCGAUACUUUAGAACAAAGUUUGGAUGAAACGCGAACAGAAUGUGAAACGCUCGGCUCCCGUCUCUCCCAGUCCACGCGCGAGGUACGCUCAUUGAAGCAUCAGCUCAAGUUGCUGGAAGGGGGAACCUCAUCAGCAAUGACAGAGUUGGUUCGCGAGCGGGACGAUGCUGUGGAGAAUAUCAGUGAUGUUCGGAAAAAACUCGAGUCUGCGCAGAAACGGAUUCGACAUCGGGAAGAUGAAAUAGAGCGCACCCAGCUAUUCUGGGAUCGUGACCGUGAAGCCUGGGAAAAUGAACGGCGUAACAUGGAGCGCAAGAUACAUGUGGUGGAAGGCCGUUUAAAGACUGUUCUGAAUGAAGUCGCAGCUGCUCAAGAGGCCGGAACCCUAGCCUCCCAGCACAGCAGAGAAGAACAGGGCAAGGAUAAGAAUAAAGAAAGCGAUACCGCCAGUCUUGCGUCUAGUAGUCGCAGCCGUCGAAGGCAUAGCAUGUCCAGUGUGACUACCGAAGAAGGCGAAGACGAAGAACCGCAAUUGGCAAGUGCUGUCCGAUUCUCGGUGAUGAGUAUGGUACCCGAAAAAGUGGACUCGAGUUUGAACUUAGCCCAAGAACUGGCCCUCGACGAGGACGAAGAGGAAUUCGCGAGUGAGGAGGACGCACCUGUCUCUCCUGAAGCGCUCCCAGAAGAACGACCCAUGUCGGUCCUUUCAAGCACUUCUCGCACAGUUGCCUCCAAGGCCCAGCGGAUUCUGGGCAUGACUAUGUCUAAUACGGGCUCACCAACCGUGGCUGAAUAUCCCAGCCAUGUAAAUCAAUUCCCAGCCAAUGUGGAGUAUCGCGACUCAGCUGUGCAAUACUCCCCGCCUCCAUCCCCCGAGCUCUCUGCGAAGCCUGAGGACAUACCUUUGCCCACUGACGAAUCGCAAGAUGCAGAUCUUCCUGUGGACGAGAAUAGAUACGUCCCCAAGGUGAAAGAUUCGGCGACUUUGACAAUGGCAAUCGAGACGACCUCUUCUUCGUGCCAGACUGUCGAUCUCCCCGAUAUUCCAUGGACCCCUAAGGCGCCAGAUUCACCCGUUACUCCUGAGCCAGCGCCGGUUCAGAUGACGUCGGCAUCGACCCAGACUGACUCGCCAAUGGAGCCAGCGCCAGAAGGCGCAGAGAAACCAUCCUUGUCACCUAAUGCCAUCCCUGCGGAGGUUGAUGUUCCCAUGAUCGCUAUUCAUCCUCCUGGCUCAGAACCUUCUUCGCCUCGCAACAGUGUUGUUCUCCCACCUCAAACCAAGAGCGUAUCUGUUCAGACCAACUUCAGGAACUCGAUUGAGGAGCGCUCUAUCGCGAUUCAGACCGAGGAGAUCCGUAUUGACCAGCGCCCUGUCAAACUCCCAGCUAGCCUACUUCCGUCCGCUAUACCAGAUCUACCAACUAGCGCAGAGAUACAGGAGGCUAAUGAGCUUCCAUAUCGCGCCCCUGUACCGCCCCCUCGCUCCGCCAAGAGAGAACAAUUACGGAAGACUCAAUCCGAGGGCCCUGUCAAGCCGCCGCGGGCAUCUGGUACAGACCCUAUGCAGGCAUACCCUGGUAAUAACGACAAUGGUCCCUUGUCGGAUGAUGCAGGAUCCGGGCUCAGACGGCCCUUCCGUUCUAGCAGUCUCUUUGCAGGCUUCGAACAGCUGAGUGAUGAUGAAGGACCGAGCGGGGAGGAGCGGGAUAUCUUCACUGAUGAAGAGUUCCUCCACCGACCGUUUACCUCCUAUACUCUCCGUCGCGGCAAGAUGGUCAACGCCAAGUCCAGACCUAGUCAAGAUGAGAUGACCCUGUCUGAGAUCGACGAGCAACUAUCCGAUGCCGAGUCGCGGCCAUCGGAUGCUGGCCGAGGAGCCUCUCGAGCAACCCAACGCUCGUUUGCCACAAGCUCUAGCGGCCGCCAGCCCGGAAUACGGAAGAUGGCCUUGAUCUCGAGCGGUGCGGCAGCGCAUCACAAGACUCGACCGCGCAGCCCUAGUGAGCCCAGCAUUGAUAGUGGCAGUGUAGGCUCUAGCAUUGCUCCUCCUUUCCCCGUUCCGACCCGCCACAGCUCUCGCAAGAUCCCCUUGAAUGGAAGUGACGGGCCGCCCAGCCCAACACGCUCCACAGGCCGUCAAUUCUCCGAUCGCAGCGUUCGCAGCUCGAUGAUACGUCCCAGUCUACGCCGUGUGCAGUCUGAAAACACAAUUUCUGAAUGCGAUGGCGUUGUUCGCCCAGAGACUUGCUCUACGCCGACCCGUUCUCCUACCUCCUUUACUCCAGACAGCCCUGCUUAUCUAGUACCGCCCUUGCCGUUGGAUGAUAUCACUGCUCCGCGCGAAAUGCGCCAGCCCCAGCCUCACGGGCAUCACCGUCCCUCUGUCCCCUCCAUGAAUUGGGGCUACGAAAAUGAGGAUUCGACCGGUGGCGUGCAGCCGACAAGUGUUGUGGACGCCAUUGCGCAGACCAUGGUUGGUGAAUGGAUGUUCAAGUACGUUCGGCGUCGGAAGUCAUUCGGCAUGGGCGACUCCAAAGACAAUUGGGAAGGCAAAAAUGCCGACGAGGUGUCUGCCAACAUCACCAACAGUGGCGUGCGGCACAAGCGAUGGGUUUGGCUGGCUCCUUACGAGGGCUCUAUUAUGUGGAGCAGCAAGCAGCCGACCAGCGGACCUGCCUUGCUCGGCAAAAGUGGCCGGAAAUGUAAGAACUUGAUCAUCUCACUAUCCAAUCUGUGCUGGACGUUAAGGAUGACUCCCCAUUGCCGAAGGGCUCUGGAUAUCCUGAAUCCAUUCAACCGGUCCAUCCUAGUCCUGACACCCCAGCGGGCUCUUAAGUUCACAGCGCUCACUGCCGAGCGUCACUACGUGUGGCUGACAGCCCUAUCAUUUCUCAGUCACUCAUCGAUGGCACUUUCCGAUCUCGCUACAAUUCCCCCCGCGCCACGAGAGGAGAAUGUCUCUCGACCACCAGCGCACGCCGCCCUGCGACGCAACCCUAUUCGCGAUUCCAUACGGGUCGCGAAAGGCCGUCCUCGCCCUGUGCCUAAGGGCAAACGCUCGUUCCCGGAGCCGGCCCCCGAGGUAGCCAGGAAUGAUAGCAUUGACAUGGCUGCCGAUGCACCCACCAUCCCUCGAUACUCCUACCAGAACCAGCAUACCCGCAAGCGUAGCAACACUGCCCCUCGUCCACCGGCUCUCCACACCCUGCGCAGCUUCUCCAGCCAAGGCACUAUGCCAUCGCCGAACAACAGUACGACGGUUGGCUCGGAUAUCUACACCUCACCCGUGGCACCUCCAUCGAAUCUUCCUCCCAAUCUCCCCGCUGGCAUCAACAGCGUCCGCAGUAGUAUCAGCCGGGCAUCCGACACAAGCGCCCGCCCGUCAGUGAACAGCAACGUGUUCGACAUGGGAACCAUGCGCAUGGAAGCCUUCAUCGAUACCAGCGCAGGGCCGCCCACUCGACCUCCCCCACCGCCGCCGACUCACCGUGCGCCCCAUGUGCGUAAGACGUCGAGCGUGUGGAGCCAAACCCGAUACUCUGGGUAUGCGCCAUCUGUUGACAGCGAACUUUCCUUCCGACCCGACGAUCCAUUCCGCGGGUUCUAG